AUGAAUAAAGAUGUGCUUCAAGAUUUCAAGGAAAUCAACAAAUCAUUGAGGAAGGAAGAUAAGUCAUUAAGGAACCGUUUACAAAGUAUCAUAUUUGAUAAUCAAUUUUUAGAGAGACAAGUUUUUCCAACAUUCAAUUAUCCAAUUAUUCCAAACGAAAGAUGUGGUCUAUGGUAUUGCAAUCCGUCCAAGUAUGAGAAUACUAGCUAUUUCAAAUCAACAGAUGGCCAUGUAAAUCAGUGGGACUUCAGUACUAGGAGACUAAAUUUUCAUUUACUUCCAAUAAUUGGAAGAGAAGGUGGUGUAAUCGUUCUUGAUAGCACAAGAAGAGGCAAAAAGAUACCCGAUGCCCUCUCAAAGACAGUACCUAUUUGGUGCGCUGUAUUGAACUACCUUAUUUUAGAAGAUGAAGGUAAAACAUGGCCAUUUGAAGAAAAAAUUCUCUUCGUACCGCCAAACACAGUUCCUGCAUCCGAACAUGAUAUGAUAUUGUCUAAAAUACCGGCACUUGUUGAGAAGUUAAAGAAAAUCGAUAUCAUUAAUGCAAAGAAGUUAAAGGAAUCUUUAAACAUGUCAAAUCCGAAGCGAAAAUUGCUAAGGCCUUUGUGGGUGUAUCCAGGCUCCUCAUUGUUACAAAUGAACCAUGAUAUGUUUACUGGUGAAGAAUUGACGGAUAAUCAAUGGCUUCCACCUGAUGAUAUUAUACCAAUUAUUUUGUGUACUGUCAGCUACCAGUGUCAAGAUGGUACAGACAAAAGACAUGGGUUCACAUAUGUCCAAGGCGCAGCUGAUGAUCAUGAAUUAUGGGCUGCAGAUCUAACUCCACAAUUAUUCUGGGAAAAUAUAGACACGCUGGGCGAUAUUACAAAAUCAGACCAAGAACUUACUGAAAUAUACAAUGACAUCAUCUCAAAGAAGUCACAACAUAACAUUAAUAAUGAUACAAAGGACUUCAAUAAAUUGAUCCAAACGGAUUCCAUUACAGACGAUCUAAGACUAGGGGUAUUAUCAUCGGAGAUUUCUUUUUCUGAGGAUGUCGUUAACAUUUUAAAGCAGAGGUAUCGCAUGUCAAUUAUUUGUGAUGAAAAGACAUUUAAGGAAGUGGAAAAUAUUGAGCUUCCUGAUAAUGUGCAUAUCUAUCCUUUGUCUAGCGGAUCCAAAAAGUCUUCUAGGGACUUGAGAACACAUUUAAUUUCAAUAAAUGCACUUUUAAAAAGAUCGCUCGCCACCACAAACCCCAAAUUACCUGUAUUGAUCGCUUGUAAUAAUGGCAAAGAUAUGUCAGUUUCAGUUUUAAUCGUCGCGCUCUGUCUCUAUUACAAUUUACAAUGGGAACUACAGCCCCAAGACAGCGUAAAUAAGACUAUCAUCAAGAAACAUUUAGCUAAAAUUAUCGACUCUUUACAUGGAAAAAAUGUUAAUCCUUCAAGAGCAACAUUGAAUAGUGUUAAUUCAUUUCUUAUGUAG